AUGUCCUUUGCCGAGGUCCUCAAACAAGUCAAGUCGCUCUCGUACGAAACCAUCAUCUUCGACACCGCGCCCACCGGCCACACCCUGCGCUUCCUCCAGUUCCCCUCGGUCCUCGAAAAGGCCCUCGCCAAGGUCUCCCAGCUCUCCUCCCAGUACGGGCCCCUGCUCAACGGCGUCCUCGGCUCGGGCGGCGCCCUCCCCAACGGACAGAACCUCAACGAGAUGAUGGAGAAGCUCGAGUCGCUGCGCGAAACAAUCUCCGAGGUAAACACGCAGUUCAAGGACGCCGACCUGACCACCUUUGUGUGCGUCUGCAUCGCCGAGUUCCUGAGUCUCUACGAGACGGAGCGCAUGAUCCAGGAGCUGUCGAGCUACGGCAUCGACACGCACUGCAUCGUCGUGAACCAGCUGCUGUUUCCCAAGAAGGCGAGCGAGUGUGAGCAGUGCAAUGCCAGGAGGAAAAUGCAAAAGAAGUACCUGGACCAGUAUGAGGAGUUGUAUGCCGAGGAUUUCAACGUCGUCAAGAUGCCCUUGUUGGUGGAGGAGGUGCGAGGCAAGGACAAGUUGGAGAAGUUUAGCGAGCUGUUGAUGAAGCAGUAUAUUCCUCCCGAGUAA